AUGGAGGAGCAUCGGCCGCCCACCCGUUGGGGUGCUAAGAUGACGCUUGAACAGCUUGUCGGAUUGUCGGGUGGAUGUGUUGCCGAAGACGUGGAGGGACGUGUAGAGGCUGAUGCAGACAUAACAGCCAGCGAGCGGGUCAAGGACUGUGAAAAAGGCCAAAAAAAAAGUCAGGAGAGAAAAGCGAGAGACAAACACGAAGAUAAUGUGGCAACACGCGUAGAGCAGUCGGCAGCUCACGCAUGGUUCUUGAGGAAGUUUGUGCCCAUAAAGUAUCAUGCAGAGUGCGAAGAAGUGUAUGAAGGGGAUGAGAGAGCAAAAGCAAAGGUGAGCGAUGCUGCGUGCACCAGUGGCCACCCGCCACAGGGCACCGUGUGA